AUUUCAGUGAUUUCAUCGUUUCACUUCUUUCUCACACUCUCUCUGUGAUGCUGUAGAAGCAAAAAUGGGGAGAAAAUCGGUCUUACAAAAGGGUAAGGAAAAAGUCACCGACGGCAAAGCCUCGUCGUCGGCCGGAAAACGAAAGCGUAACUCCAGCGACGAUUUCGAUGACGAUAAAACCGGUGGCCGGAAAAGAAAAGAUCGCAGUGUUCUUCAGUUCGUCGACGACGUUGCUUACGAGGUCGACGACGACGACGACGAUGACUCUGAUUUUGAUUUCAGUGACUCUGAUUUCUUCGACGAAGAUUUGCUUGAAGAAGAAUUUGGAAGUAACGUUGAAAUCAAGAAUGAACCUGUGAGAACACCCCAACCCCCAGUGAUCAAAGAGGAGGAGAUGGAUGGAGAAGAGCUAGAGCGGAUGUUAAGGGAGCGUUAUAAACCAGGUUCUAGUUUUGUUACCUAUGCAGAAGAUACUGGUGAGAGGAAGAGACAGUCUGAGCAGGAGACACUUGUGCCUUCUCUCAAGGAUCCAACUAUAUGGAAAGUUAAAUGCACGGUUGGAAGAGAGAGGCACUCAGCUUUCUGUCUUAUGCAGAAGUAUAUAGACUUGCUUGCUUUAGGAACAAAGCUGCAGAUAAUAUCCGCUUUUGCACUUGAUCAUGUGAAGGGAUAUAUUUAUAUCGAGUCUGACAAACAAUGUGACGUUUACGAGGCAUGUAAAGGCCUUUGUAGUAUAUAUUCAACUAGAGUGGCACCUGUUCCACUGAAUGAAGUUUCUCAUUUGAUUGCUGUCCGGAAGAAGUCUAGCGGGAUUUCUGAGGGCAUGUGGGCACGUGUCAAAAGUGGAAUAUACAAGGGUGAUCUAGCACAGGUUGUGACAGUGAAUGAUUCGCGGAAGAAAGUGACAGUGAAGCUGAUUCCAAGAGUAGACUUACAAGCCAUUGCUGACAAAUUUGGUGGAGGAGUUGCUGCCAAGAAGGGAGUUAUUCCAGCACCAAGACUAAUUAGCUCUACAGAGCUCGAAGACUUUCGGCCUCUAAUCCAGUACCGUAAAGAUCGGGAUACAAACCUAAUGUUUGAAAUUCUUGAUGGAAAGAUGCUGAAGGAUGGUUAUUUAUACAAAAAAGUGGGGACUGAUUCAUUGAGCUAUUGGGGUGUAAUGCCUACUGAAGCUGAACUCCUGAAGUUUGAACCUUCUAGUAAUGAUGAACCCCAGGAUGUAGACUGGCUUACCCAGCUUUAUGGUGAUCGGAAGAAAAAGAGAAAUACAAAUGAUUUUAAGGUUGGUCAGAAAGGAGGUGAGAAAGGGGAGAGUUCUUCAAGCUCUAGUAUGGAAAACAAUUUUGAAGUAGAUGAUCUUGUAUUUUUUGGUAGGAAUGAUUUUGGCAUUAUUAUUGGCAAGGAGAAAGAUGAUAGCUUUAAGAUCAUGAAAUAUGGAUCAGAGAGACCUGUGGUAGUGAGCAUUCAACUGCGUGAAUUGAAGCGUGCAUCUUUUGAUAAGAAGCUAUUCACUGUGAAAGACCAGCUAACUAAUGUCAUUUCAAUCGGUGAUGUGGUUAGAGUUUUGGAUGGUUCCUUGAAGGAUAAACAAGGAACUGUGAAGCAGAUUUACAGAGGUGUCAUCUUCCUAUAUGACCAAAGUGAACAGGAUAAUAAUGGUUAUCUCUGUGUCAAAGGUCAGAUGUGUGAAAGAAUUGCAAGCAGUGGUGGUGUAUCGAACGGGAAGGGAAGUGAACCUGGUCCCUCAGGUUUAGCAGAUUUCUCAUCAUCACCUAAAUCCCCUCUUUCGCCUGAGAAAUCUUGGAGAGUGAAGGAUGAUAAUAGCAGCUUCAAGCGCGGGGAUGACAAUGAAAUGUUUUCAGUUGGGCAGUCACUGAGAAUCCGUGUGGGGCCUUUGAAGGGAUAUCUUUGUCGUGUAAUAGCCAUACGACGUUCUGAUGUUACAGUAAAGCUUGAUUCCCAGCAAAAAAUUCUUACAGUCAAAUCUGAACAUCUUGCGGAAGUUCAUGCAAAGAGUUCCGUCGUAUCUCUUGGGGUUGAUGGUGAUUCAUCAAAACCUUUUGACCUGCUUGGAACACAGGAUGGUUCUGACGAUUGGAUGGUUCAAGGGGCUACAGCCACCGAGGGUAACACUGGGAAUGCAUCAUGGGGUGCAUCUGGAGGUAGUGAUAGAACUGUUGCUGACGCUGGCCAAGAUGAUGGUUGGGCGAAAGCUACUUCUGCUGUUGGUGCCACUAGUGGUGCGUCUGAUGGCUGGGGCAAAAAGGUUGAAUCACAUCAAGAGAGCACUGAGAAGAUUACAGAUAAUUCCUGGGGAAGUUCUGUGCAAAAACAAGGGAAUAAUGAUGAUUCUGGCAAAACCUCAUGGGGGAAGCAGGACGGUGGAUCUUCUUGGGGUAAGCAAUCUGAUGCAAAUGCAGAGACUGACUGGAAAAAACAAGAUGGUGGAUUGGACAAGACAGAUAGCAAAACCUCGUGGAGUCAGCAGGGUGCCGGAUCUUCUUGGAAUAAAAGUGAUGGUGGAUCGUCUUCAAGUAAGCAAGCGGGUGGAUCUUCUUGGGGUCAGCAAUCGGAUGCAAAUGCUGAAACUGGAUGGAAAAAGCAAGAUGGUGGAUCAAAUAAGCCAGAUAGCAAAACCUCGUGGAGCCAGCAGGAUGCUGGAUCUUCUUGGAAGAAGAGUGAAGGUGAAGGUGGAUCCUCUUGGGGAGGUAAGCAAUCUGAUGCAAAGGCAGAUAAUGACUGGAAAAAGCAAGAUGGUGGAUCUAGCUGGAGUAAGCCAGACAGCAAAACCUCUUUUAACCAGCAGGGUUCUGGAUCUUCUUGGAAUAAAAGCAACGGUGGAUCUUCUUGGGGUAAGCAAUCUGAUGCAAAUGCAGAGACUGUCGGGGAAAAACAAGAUGGUGGAUCUAGUUGGAGCAAGGCUGAUGACAGCAAAACCUCUUGGAGGAAGCAGGAUGAUGGUUCUUCUUGGAACAAAAAGGACGAUGGAUCUUUCUCCAAGCCAGCUGGAGGUACUUCUUGGGACAAAGGAAGUGGUGGAUCUACUUGGAAUAAGAAGGAAGCUGGAUCUGGUGGGGGAGAAGAUACCAGAUCUACUUGGGGCAAACAGGAUGGUGGAUCUUCUUGGGGUAAAGAAGCUGCAGGGGGUUGGAAAGAAGGUGAGAGUGGGAAUAGUGGUGGUACGGACCAAGAAGGAGGGAGCUGGGGAAGGCCAAGAGAAUUUGAUGGAGGUCGUGGAUCAGGUGGUAGGAGAGGACGAGGUGGUUGGCGAGGAGGUCGAGAUCAAAGUGGUAGAGGAAGAUCCUUUAAUCAAGGACGGUCUAGUAGCUGGACUACUGAUGGUGAAGAUAAUAAUAAUAAUUCUAAUACUGUAGCAUUUAAGGAUAAUCAGUCUAGUUGGAGUAAUUCACAGGAACAUGGUAAAAAUCUUAAAGAAGACACCAGUGGUCCUAAUAAUCAAUCGUCUGAUUUCCAGAGCACUGGUGGUUGGACUGCUUCCAAACCAUCAAAUGAUGGAUGGUCUUCUAGUUGGAAUAAAAAUUCAGCCACAACAGAGGUAGGAGGUUCUGGUGGAAACCAGUCUGAUUGGGACAAAAAAUCUGGUGAAGUGGGUGGAGCCGCUGGUUGGGACAACAAGAUUACCCAGAAAGCAUCAGAAGGUAACAACUCUGCAUGGAAUAGCAAAUCUGCAGUCGAACAAGAUGGAAAUGGAAAAAAUCAAAAUGAUCCAUGGAAGAAGACUUCUGAUGGAGGUUCAUCUACCGGAUGGGGUCAAAGUAAUUCGUGGAAGAGUGGAACUAAUGAUGCGGGUGGAACUCAAGAUUCUUGGAGCAGCAAAAGUAACUGGAAUUCUGGAAGUGGCUUCGGUGGCAACAACCAGCAAUCUGAUUCUUACAGUGACAGGGGAAGAGGUGGUAGUUGGAGGGGAGGCCGUGGUAGAUCAGAUAGGGGUGGAUAUGGAGGUAAGGGUGGUUCAGAUGGUGGUGGCUUUGGAGGUAGGGGUGAUUCAGAUGGUGGCGGCUUUGGAGGUCGGGGAGGUUUUCGAGGUAGAGGGGACAGAGGAGGUUUUAGAGGUAGAGGAUCAGAUGGGGGAGGAUUUCGUGGUAGAGGGCGUGGAAGGAGGGAUGAUAGUGGUGAAUGGCAGAAUAGAAAUGAUUCACAGGAAGAUAAACCCUACAGUUGGAGCAAAGGCUCUGGCAGUGAUGCUGAGGGAUGGAAAUCUAAUAAGGGCAGUUGGAGCCAAGAUAACAAUAACAAAGGCAGCUGGAAGAGUGCUGAUAGUACAGGUAAUGCUGAUGAUGGUGGAUGGAAGAAAGGAUUCGACUCUGAAAAGAAUGCGAGUGGAAGUGGUGCUAGUACUACCAAUUGGAAUAGUCAAGGAAAUAGUUGGAAAGCAUCAACUACUACUACAGGAGGUAAUGCUGAUGAUGGUGGAUGGAAGAAAGGAUUCGACUCCGAAAAGAAUGCGAGUGGAAGUGGUGGCAGUUGGAAGACCGAAGGAAAUAGUUGGAAAACAUCUACUGCUACUACGGGAGGUACUUCGUCAGGGUGGGGUCAGCAGACAACUGUUGGCGAAAAGGAGGUUCAGAAUGACAAGGGAACAAGUUGGAACCAGGGAACUGGUUCAGGAAACGCGAGCACAGCUUGGACUGCAAACAAAUCCAACACCGACGAUGUGAACAAACCAAAAGAAACAAGCGACGGACCAAGUGAUGCAUGGGGUAAAUCAACCAGCUCUUGGGGCAAAGGAAACAGCUCUGGCGGUCAGGGAGGCUGGUGACAACUUUGGACGGUUAUUUUGCUAUGGAGGGUCGAUUGGGCCGUCCAUGUAAUUAUGGUUUGUAAAAAGCACAAAUGACGGACUAGGUCUUGGGGGCAGCAUGGAUUGGGACUUUAGAUGCUUUAGAUGUAUCGUAAGUUAUUACUCUUGAAUUGCCGGACAUAAAACUUUUGGAAUGUUGGAUGUUUGAUAAGACUCUUCAUUUUCAAUUUCGAGACUGAUAAUUGUCGCGGUGCUUGCUUUCGCGAUGACUUUAACAUGUAGCCUUUGGCAUG